GAAUUGCGUCUAGCCCUUUCAACAAUUCAACGUCUCCUUUAUCGUACCAUUUGGUGCGCCACGCUGUGCAUUCACGUGAUCUUUUCUGGGCAUAAGGGUUUAUAAGACUAAAACGUCCGUCCACCAAUGAAAAGAUCGCGAAAAUGUGUGAAAAUUCUAAGACCUGAUCUGAGGAUAUAACAUCAACAAUUAUAAUCAUGGCAGGCUCUAUACACACUGUUGGAUUAGAUACAUACCUCGCAAAAAAAAGUCUACAAUAUCUUGUAUGCUCCCGAUAAAUACAUGAUUAAACAGAAGAGAUAAUGGAUACAAGUGGCGGUGCGUAUUGGGAUCACAAGGCAUCAUAUGUGUAAUCAAUAUUUGCAAUGAGAAUUGUUGGUUGCGAAGAGCUGGAUAUUCUACCUCAUGUUGUGGUCGACCAUUUCGAUGUCUAUGGCAGUCAAGUAGCAUACGACAAAGAGGAUGUCCAUACUUUGAGCCAAAACUUGUCGAUUAAUGAAAGGAAUGCGUCAAAAGAGGAUAUCUCAAUCAUGACAUCAAUGCUCAAAUUGUUUAUAAUAUCAACUAUCACAGUAAUUUAACGAGCCAGACAGGAAGACACCUCACUGACAGAAUGGACAGUUGAUACCACGGAAAAGAGUCUAUCAAUCUGGAGGCUCACAAGUACAUUUGACAAAUGCUCACGCAAUG